AUGGCGCCCCACGCGGAAGAUCCAGUUCAGGUGGAAUAUCGAUCUCAGUCCUGGGAUACGAGCAACAGCAUCGACGAAGCCAAAGCAGUUUUGAAGAGCAAGAAUGCAUUUGGAGAGCAACGGAAGAAGCGGAACCUAGCAGAUUCCUAUGAGCCAGGACGGUCGUCCGUCCAGUCUCAUGAAGACUAUGAGUUUGACUAUCUCCUACCACGCUUCCCAGACCUUCAUUGGAAUCAGUUGAAGGAGGUGCCGUAUGAUGACAAGGGACUAUACGGCGACCGUCGAUUUCGAAGUUUGCUUGAAGCUGCCGACGAUGUGUUCGACUAUGUGCCAAAAAUUGGAACAGAGAUCUCCGGGGUCAGGCUGACCCAGCUCACCGACGCUCAAAAAUGCGAUCUUGCAAGGUUGAUCGCCACUCGAGGCGUUGUCUUCUUCCGCAACCAAGAUGACUUCGACAUUGAAGCUCAAAAAGAACUGGGCAAAUUCUUUGGAACGCUGCAUAAACAUGCGACCACGGCUGUACCGCAGAAGGAGGGGCUCGAAGACGUCCACGUGGUCUACACGAACGAGAAGUCGUUGGACCAACGAGCACUCUUCACACCUACUUUCUUGUGGCACUCGGAUGUCAGCUACGAGGUCCAGCCACCUUCAUAUACGUCUUUGAAAGUGCUAACGGGGCCCCCACGAGGUGGAGGAGGGGACACCUUGUGGUGCUCUCAAUAUGCGAUAUACGACGUGCUGUCGCCUCAUAUGCAAAAAUACCUUGAAGGACUGACCGCCUUGCAUUCAGCCGACAUGCAAGCUCAGGAUUCUCGAGCGGGCGGAAGACCUGUUCGCCGGGAGCCCAUCACGACUGAACACCCGCUAAUUCGAGUCAAUCCGGUGACUGGGUGGAAGUCGGUCUUCUUCAACCCUGGAUUUGUGACCAAGAUCGUGGGGGUUCCCAAGGCUGAGAGCGAUACUAUCAUUCGAUAUCUGAACGAACUUAUUGCUACAACCCAAGAGGCGCAUGUACGUUUUCAAUGGGGAAAGCACGAUGUUGCGUUGUGGGACAACAGGGUUACGACACACAGUGCCUCAUAUGGGUUCUCUCCUCACCGAAGGCACGCAGUCCGCGUGGCUGCAACUGCGGAAAAGCCAUACUUCGACCCACAGGGCAAAUCUCAAGAAGAAGAGUUUAACAAGAAAUGGGGGCUGCCUCAGACCAACAAGGAUGGGUCACGGCAAUCCAAUUAUAAUGACUGA